GAGAGGGAACAGAUCAUGACUACCAACUGUUGGCUCACUCAGGUGUGGAAUGACUACAGAUUAACGUGGGACCCCGACGAGUAUGAUGGCAUCAAGAAAAUCCGCCUUCCAACACAACACAUUUGGCUGCCAGACAUCGUCCUCUAUAACAAUGCUGACGGCACCUAUGAAGUCUCCUUCUACUCCAAUGCUGUUGUCUCUAACAAUGGCGAGGUGGCCUGGCUCCCUCCUGCUAUCUACAAGUCGGCUUGCAAGAUUGAAGUCCGCGACUUUCCCUUUGACCAGCAGAACUGCACCCUGAAGUUUCGAUCCUGGACGUACGAUCACACUGAGAUUGACCUCAUCCUCCUGAGUGACUUUGCCAGCCGGGAUGAUUUCAAACCCAGUGGCGAGUGGGAUAUUGUGUCACUGCCGGGGCGCAAGAAUGAAGACCCUGAUGACAUCAGGUACCUGGACAUCACUUAUGACUUCAUCAUAAAGAGAAAACCUCUUUUCUACACCAUCAACCUGAUCAUCCCCUGUAUCCUGAUCACAUCUUUGGCCAUUCUGGUCUUCUACCUGCCAUCAGACUGUGGUGAGAAGAUGACGCUGUGCAUCUCUGUGCUCCUGGCCCUCACUGUGUUUUUACUUCUUAUCUCAAAGAUUGUGCCACCCACAUCUUUAGCAGUGCCUCUGAUUGGGAAAUACCUGAUGUUUACAAUGGUGCUGGUCACCUUUUCCAUUGUCACCAGUGUUUGUGUGCUAAACGUCCACCAUCGCUCUCCCAGUACACACACGAUGCCUCCUUGGGUCAAACGCGUCUUUAUGUAUCAACUUCCCUCCUAUCUUUUCAUGCGAAGACCAGGCAGAUCCAACAUACGUGAGAGGUUCCGGAAAAAAUACCAAGAGGGAUCAUACUCUGAGAAGAAAGUGGGGGUGGAUAUGGGGACAGGUUCUGUGGGACUGGCCGACUCCUCAUCAUCAUUCUAUGUCAACGAGGAGUCAGCCAAACGCUGGGCCUUCAACGACUUUGCCGACAACACGGAAUUCAGGAGGAGGACGACACUGAAAAGCACCAUUGAUGUGGAGGAUGCCGUGGAUGGGGUGCGCUACAUUGCCGACAAGAUGAAGAGUGAGGACGACGAUGAAGGGAUUGUUGAGGAUUGGAAGUACGUGGCGAUGGUGAUUGAUCGCCUCUUCUUGUGGAUCUUUGUUUGUGUCUGUGUGGUGGGAACUGUGGGUCUCUUCAUGCAGCCUCUGUUUCAGAGUUACAACACCCCCAUUGUUGAUGACAUGGACCAGAACUAA